GCCUGUAACCUCGCGAGAUCUCUUUAAGAGUUGUCUCCCUCUAGGAGAGAAGGCGCUUCGAUGCUGAGUUUGGCCCUUCCUGCUUUCCGUCGUUGUUGUCAUUCGGCGGUAGUGAUGCCCCGGAAGGGUAAGGCACAGAAUAAGAACAUAGCAAGCCCUUCUGUUCCUUCAGGCCCCGUGGCAAGCGAUAAAAGCGGUUCUGUUACUAUUGCUGUCCAUGCCAAACCAGGAUCUAAACAAAAUGCUGUGACAGAUCUGAGUGCAGAGGCAGUGGGCAUAGCCAUUGCUGCACCUCCGUCCGACGGAGAGGCCAACGCAGAGCUGUGUCGCUACCUCUCAAAGGUCCUUGAAGUGAAGAAGAGUGAGGUUGUAUUAGAGAAGGGUGGCAGAUCUCGAGAAAAAAUAGUGAAGAUUCUGGCACCAUUGACACCCGAGGAAGUUUUACAGAAACUGAGAAAAGAAGUUGAAGCAAAAUAAAUGAAAAAAGUCUUAGCAAACAUUUUUACCGGGAGUAAAGAAAAAUGUCGGUGUUACACAGGAAUACAGAAAAAAAAUAUGGCAGAAAACCUGUAUUUCUGUAGACAGCUGCAAAGAUUGAUUUUAUGCACCACUAAAGAUGUGGAUUCCGGCAUAUCGCGAAGCAAGGUAUAAAUGCCAUAAUGGCAUUUAAGAAUAUCUUCAAGAGAUUGGGACUCAAAAGCUACUUUUAUCUAUUGAAAUAAAAAUGGCUUCAUAUAUUGUA